CUCAUUUAGUUAGCUCCGUGGCAAACCAGUUCCGUUCCACGCGCUUGACCAAUUUUAGUGUAUUCUUAGUCACUGCUGCUAAACCAGAAAUCUAAUAAGAAAAAGUGAAAAUAACAAAACAAAUGCGAUAAAUAUUGUUGAAAAACGCAUCGAUAACAAUGCGCAAUUGCAUGGCGCGUUAACAACAAUUGAAAACGUGCCAGUUAAAGUUCAACGUGAAGUGCCAAUAAUAAAGAACUGAAAAAGAAAGACGACAACGACGACGACGACGAAGAUGAACGAAGAAGAAGAAACGACAGCAGCAGCAGCAGUCGUCGAAUCGUGAUGAUAAGUUUGUGCGAGUGCGGUGCAACGAAAAUAACAUACAUAAUACUUGUACGUGUGUGUACAUAAUAAUACAUAUGAAAAGCGUGUAUAUUGCGUGUGUGUGUGUUUGGUUUGGCCUGUGCUGUUGUUGUUGCUAUUGCUCUUGUUGUUGUUCGAAAAACAAAAAGCCAAAUCGGAGCAGUAGCUGAAUUUACAUACAUACAUACAUGUAUCAACAAGGAAAUGCAAUACAAAAACGGUCACAAAACGGCAACCAACAAGAAUCCAACUGAACCCAGGUUCCAAUUGGAAAAGCAACAAACAGAAUACAAAUACAGUUUUUAAAGUGUCGCUGCCGCAGUCACUGCUGCUGCCGCUGUCGACGUCGGUGUGAAAAGAGGUCAAAGGCGCAACAAAAGUUUUUCAUUUCGUUGGUAACGAAAAACAAAAAACAAAUAAGGAAAAAUAAAAAGCAAGUGCCAAGCAGCUGAGCGCAAAAAAAAACGUCGUAGUUGUGCGUUAAAACAAUAAGCGAGAGCAAAACGUGUGUGUGUGUGAGUGUGUGUACGUGUACGUGUAAGUGAGCAAACAACAACAACUAAAAUAAAUAAGAAGCAGCAGCACAAAAAUCUUUGCGCGCGGCCAUUCGUUAGUGGCGCGAACAAAUACAACAACAACACCAAUACCAAUAAGAGCGAGCAGCUAUGCUCAAAACUGAAAUUAGAAAUCAAUUUUCAAAUUUAACAAUCAAAUAAAGAACAACCACAUUUCUAACAGCAGAACGUAAUAUAAAAUCUGGUUUUAUCAGUCGCACAACAACAACCAAAUUAAAUUAAAAAAAAUAAAAACGGCUGACAAGUUUUUAGCGCGCACGUCAAAGAAGAAGACGCAGUAAAAAAAGCUACUUACGCUCGCGUUUUGUCUUUGUCGUAGUGAGAGCUUAAAACAAACAAACAAACACAACAACAACAAAGAAGCUUAACAGCAGCUGGGCGCUAACAUAAAAAGAAGCGCCAAAAUAUUUUGCCAUAACAGAGCCAUCAUAAUAUAUAAUAAAUAGCGAUUUUAAUUAAGAAACAACAAAAGCAACAAACGCCAAAGCGAAAUAUUUUAGCACAGAGCCAAUCGGCAAUUGGAGUUGAGAGCGAAUAGCACAAGAGCACACGUUCAAGAGAGAGAGAGAGUGACUACAACUAGAGAGAGUGCGAGUGAAAUUGAGAGAGGCCACGCAAAGAGGAGUGCGAGAGAGCAAGUGAUUUUGUUGUCAUAGCGCGCGCUUGACAAACUGACCACAGGCGCAGCAAAGACAAAGACAUAUUAAAGGCAUAUAUAAAAGAGAUACAUCAACAAUGGCAAAUCCGCGCAAGUUCAGCGAGAAGAUUGCGCUGCAGAAGCAGAAGCAGGCGGAGGGAACGGCUGAGUUCGAGAGGAUCAUGAAGGAGGUGUAUGCCACAAAAAUGGAUGAGACACAGGCUAACCAAAAGUUACUGGAUUGCUUGGGUGGGCCAGAAAGUGGAUCGAUCUCCAAUGCAUCGCCGGGAAAUGCUGGCAAUGGCACAGGUGGUGGCAGUGGCAAUGGAAGUGGUGCCAGCGGUGGUGCAUCUCCGGAUGGCAUUGCGGGUGGUGGUGGAGGUUCACCCACUGCCUAUCGGGAGUCGCGUGGUCGCAGUGUUGGCGUGGGACCUAUGAGACGACCCUCGGAACGAAAACAGGAUCGUUCGCCGUACGGCAGCAGUGUGGGUGGUGCUGGUGGUUUAAUAAACGCCAUGGGACUGCCCAACACCAGCAGCAACAAUAAUAAUAAUGGCACACAACAGAACCUCUAUUUGAGUCCACCAAUGGACACGAACUGGCGACGUUCGAACUCGGAUUCGGCGUUGCAUCAAAGUCUUAUCAUGGCAACGGCAGCGGAGGGGGCUGGCUUUACAACGGACAACACGUUGCACGCCAACUAUGCACAACAACAGCAACAGUCGCAUCACCAGCAGCACAGUCAACGAUCUCAUUCGCCGCACCAAAUUGCACGCAGUUUCAGUCCGCAGGCACAAAGGAGAAAGCCGUCGUUGUUGCCGCAUCAGGUGCAGCUGCAACAGUUGCAACAGCAUCAGCACAAUAUGCAGCAGCAGCUGCAACUACAUCAGCAACAACAGCCGCAAGCACAACAGCAACAGCAGCUGCAUCAGCAGCAACAUCAGCAACAACAACAACAACAGCAGCAGCUUCAGCAGCAGCAACAACAACAAACGCCAUACAACGCCAAAUUCUCCAACUCACUGUUCAGGCCACUGCAGGAUCAGGCCAGCUAUGCCAACACUGGCUCCCUGCCCAAUCUCACCGCACUGCAGCACUAUGCAACACCUCAACAACAACAACAACAACCACAACCACAGCAGCAACAGUCACAGCAACAACAGCAGCAGUCACAGCAACAACUGCAACAUCAGACGCUAUCACCGGUCAUGUCACCGCACAAUCAGCGACAUGAACGUGAUCAGUCUCCCAGUCCGUUUAGUCCGGGCAGCGGGGCGGCGGGUCCGCCAUCGCCAUAUCAUCAGCAACAGCACUCGCCAACGUCCGCCAAUGUCGCCAGCAGCAACACGCCCGCAAACGCCCAGCCGCCCAGCAGCUCGCCACACUUGUCGUUUAGUCCGCUACCCACGUUGGGCGCCAACAACAGCGGCAACAGCAACGCCACAACUGUGGCUGGCAAUCUAACGGAUUAUCGCCAGCCCGCAAAUCCGUCUAGUCCGCGAUCCUCGCCUGGUUUGCUAAGCAGCGUUUCUGGCAGCGAACUGCACACGAGUGCACCGGCAAGUCCCAUUAGGGUGCAACAGCAGCAACAAUUGUCGAGCGCCUUUGAUGCCGCCUACAACAGUCUGAAUCCCUCGUUUCACAAUCACUUUGAGAACUUCUCGCUGGGUGACAGCAACUCCUCACCGGAGCAACAAAGUUUCGCCAACAAUUUUGUUGCACUCGACUUUGAUGAUUUCACGGCUAGCGCAGCGGCGGGAGGAGCAAAUGGAACUAAUGGACCGUAUCACAAUCAGGAUCAAAAUAAACUCUUGGAUUACAAUGAGCUAAGCGGUAGUCCUGAGGCCAACAGCAACAACAACAAUCUGAGGCGCGCCAACAACCAGCAACAACAGCAGCAGCAGCAACAUCAGCAGCAGCAACAACAGCAACAAUUGCUGAACAACAACAGCAAUGGGGCAGGCACAGCAGCAACGCACAAUGGUGGUCCAAGUCUCAAUGGUCCACAUGAGCACCACAACAAUAAUAGCAACGGUGGUGCUGGCGGUGGGGGUGUGGUUGAGUCGCUGGUCGCCUCGCCAGCUCCCUCACCCUUGGGUUGUCCCAGCUCACCGCUGCCUAUACCAAUGUCAGCGCAGGCCUCGCCACAGCAACUGUCGCUGUCUCUGCACCACUCGCCGCAUCACUCACCAAUGCAUUCGCCGCACCACAGCACGAAUUCGCCGUUGUCGAGCAGUUCUCCAGUGAGCAAUGCCUGCAACUCAAACAUGGUAAUGAAUCAUCAUCAACAGCAGCAGACGCACCAUCAACAGCAGCAGUCACACCACCAACAGCAGCAGCAGCACCACCACCACCAACACCACCAUCACCAGCAACAGCACCAUCAACAGAACCAUACGCCCACACCCUCCAAUAUACCCUCCAUUAUAUUUAGCGAUUACUCCACGAAUGCGGAUUUUAGCAGGGAGAUCUUUGAUUCAUUGGAUCUGGAUUUGGGGCAAAUGGAUGUCGCUGGAUUGCAAAUGCUGUCGGAUCAGAAUCCCAUUAUGAUUGCCGAUCCCAAUAUCGAGGAUAGUUUCCGUCGCGACCUCAACUGAUACUAUGAGGAGGCUGUUGCGGCUAUCGAGAGUGGCGUGCUGCUCGAGGACACCUACGAGGCGUUGCUGGGAGCCGGAGUUCCCAUGCCACUGCCGUCCUCCAGUCCAAUUAGCAACUGCUCGGAUGUCCAGCAGGCGGCAGCGACAGCAACAACAGCGGCGGCGGCGGCAGCAGCAGCAGCUAGCGAUAAGGAUAAAAAAGAUUUGGAGGUGGUUGAGCUCCUUGUGCCAGGCGUAAUUGAUGAUCUUGUCGACUCCACCGACUUGGAUGAGGAAGUGCGCAAGUUUUUCUUCUAAGUCAAAGCCAAGUAAUCGCAUCCUAGAUGUAAGCAUAGUCCUCUCCUCCUCGUCGUUGUCCCGUCAUUCGUUGUGCUCGUAAAACUUUUAGCCUUUAAGUGUUCUUGAGAGUUUGCCCUUUGCCCUCCUUCUUUACCCACCCUCCAAUCCGAUCCUGGUCCUUGUUCCGGUCGCGAAGCACAACCGUUAACAUACGAUAUAUUUUACAGCGAGUCUCAGAUUUUACUUAACUACGCACAUAAGUCACGAAAAUACCUACAACUAAUUACUAUAUAAAAUGUAAUGCUACUUUCUGUAUAUAACAAUGUAUACAUGCACAUGUAUAUGUAUUUAUUUAUAUAAUGGAAAAGGAUUAAAACCAAAAAGUGUCUUAGACCUACGACCAAAUUAUUGUACACGUUCUAUAAACAAAACAAAACAAAACAAAAACAUAACAAAAAAAAUUCCUGUAAAAUAAAGCUACAAUUUACCGACUAUUUAUAACAGAUAAUAAUGCUAUGAUUGCUACUAUCAGUGUCCCAUAGCUACAGGUAUAUACUUACGUAUGUAUAGAUAUUUAUGUAUAUAUAAAUAUAUACCUUACAACAACAAAAAUACCCUUACGUGCCGUCGAAGCAAUUACUAGUAUUUAAGAUCCACAGAUCCGUUACUGUUACCGAUAACUCGAUAUAUCUCGAUACCGAUCCUUACAAUGCUGUAAACAUAUUAUCUAUGUAAAAUUCAAAGUGUUCCUUGCACUUAUCGAAUACCACAAAUGCAAGAAUAAAUUUAAACGAUUACAUUUUUGAGGUAUCCUUAAUUCGCCAUCGCCCUCUUUAAAAUGCAGUAUCACAAAUAUAUAGUUACAUAUACAAAUAGCUAAAUAUAUAGUUUAUAAAACACUUUACAUAUUUGGCCAGAUGUGAGAAAGACUCUAUUACAGAUGUAUUAAGUCAAGAUCCUAAGGUUCUUGGUCCGAUGGCAUCUGUAACAUGAAAACGCGAAAUUAUAAAAAAAAGAAUGAGAAAAAGUAAAUCAAAAACGAACUACUCAAAAUUUUUUACAAAAAUGAAAGCUAAAUAUAAUAAUUAGCUAGGAGUCAGAAAACUGUGACACAAAAAUAGCAAAAAAUCUUAAAUAACAUAAUUAUUACCACACUCCGCAACUUACGCAUGAAAUUCUUCGUAACAAAAUUUAAUCACAAUAUUUUAUUUCAAUUCCAAUCCAAAAAAAAACACAAAAUAUAAUGAAAAACAGAAAAAUUAAAUUAUGUAAAGAGUAAAUAUAUAAAUUUAUUAAGCGAAUACGACUAAUACAAAUUUUUAAGAAACGACAAAGGAGUAAGCAAGUAACAGGCUUUAAAAGUGCAAAUGUUUUAUUAAUUGAGUACCAGAACUUAUACAUAAUAAUAAUAAUAAUAAUAUUGUUAAUUAUAGUAAAAGAUUUUUGCAUAAAAUAUACAUACAUUUUCCUUUUUUUAAUGUCAAUGUAAAACUCUAGUUAUAAACUACUUAAGUAAACUUUAAAUCCUUUAUAAAACUAUGCAAAACAAAAAAAAACCUGCGAAAAAAAUAAUAUUUAAAAAUACUUGUGAACGACGUUUAGAGAAAGAGAGAGAGAGUACGGGCACACUGAAAACAACAACAACAACAAAACAAACAAUGUUACAGUAAAAACUUUUGUUAUUUUAUUUGCUGUGUUGUGUUGUAUUUUCAAUGUGCAGGUUCGAAAUAAACCGAAAAUGUGUAUGUGUGAGUAUGUAUAUGUAUAUGUAGGUUAUACAUAAUACUAUUACAAUACUUCUAAGUAAUUGUGUAUGUAAUAUAUAAUUACAUUUCUAAAUUACGGAAAUAAAAUCCAAGCAACAGGAAUAAGAGUAUAUUCAAUGUAAUAACACAGUUAUUUGUUUCAAAUAAAUCUUAAAUUUAAUUUUAAAUCAAA